CUCUGGGCUGUGAGCGUCUCUCUGUGCCCCUGCUCUGCUUUCUCCCAAACAUCAGGGUACAGGUGGCUGCCUACUGGACCUGGCAGGACCUUCACCCCACUCAGCUGAUCUCCCCCGAGUAAGGGGGAGCAUAAAGAUCCAGAAAAGCAUUAGGAGCUCCCCCCUUUCCCCCUUGCUGUGGAUUCUACUGUCAUGUCUGGAGCUCUGUGCAGAACUCUUUAUGCAUUUACUGGGGACCAGCACCAGCAGGGACUGAAGUUCGAGGCUGGGGAGGUGAUUAAAGUCCUGCAGUUUUUAGACGGAGGCUGGUGGGAAGGAGAGAAGGAUGGCAUGAGAGGAUGGUUCCCUGCCAGCUAUGUACAGAUACUAGAGAAACCUGGCAUGAUGAACGCCCAGAGAAUCGAUGAUCAGACCCAAGUGCCCCUACCACAAGGCUGGCAGAGCUACAUGUCUCCGCAGGGACGCCGGUAUUACGUCAACACGUUAACAAAUGAGACAACAUGGGAGCGGCCCAACAGCUCACCCGUCAGCCUGAAGAGCCCAAUAGUCAAGAAGAUGUCACUCCCUACAGUUAACGGUUUCCACUCAUCCGGUCCCCCCGUCCAUCAGCCCGAGUCAGGCAGCGUCCAUAUACGCAAAGCCAGCAAUGAGCACCAGAGUCCCGGAUCCCCGUCGCCCACCAAAAAGCAGAGCAAGGAGACCACCAUCACGAUAAACUGUGUAACGUUCCCCCACCCAGACACAAUGCCCGAACAGCAGCUUUUGAAGCCCGGGGAGUGGAGUUACUGUGACUAUUUCUGGGCGGAUAAAAGAGACGCACAAGGGAACAACACAGUGACCGGGUUUGAAGACCUCCUUCAGAAGCAGCUUAAGGGCAAACAAAUGCAGAAGGAAAUGGCCGAAUUUAUCCGUGAAAGAAUAAGGAUUGAGGAAGAAUAUGCAAAAAACCUGGCAAAGCUCUCCCAAAGUUCCCUGGCCAGUCAGGAGGAAGGAACCCUGGGCGAGUCCUGGGCCCAAGUGAAGAAGAGUCUGGCAGAUGAAGCAGAAGUUCACCUAAAGUUUUCCUCUAAGUUACAGAGUGAGGUGGAGAAGCCUCUUCUUAACUUUCGAGAGAACUUCAAGAAGGACAUGAAGAAGUUUGACCAUCACAUUGCCGACCUGCGCAAGCAGCUGGCUAGUCGAUAUGCUGCAGUGGAGAAGGCCCGGAAAGCCUUAGCCGAGAGGCAGAAAGACCUUGAGGUAAAGACCCAACAGCUGGAGAUCAAACUCAGCAACAAGACAGAAGAAGACAUUAAGAAGGCCCGGAGAAAGUCAACGCAAGCAGGAGACGACCUGAUGCGCUGUGUGGAUCUGUACAACCAAGGUCAGUCCAAGUGGUUUGAAGAGAUGGUCACGACGACCCUGGAGCUUGAGAGACUGGAAGUGGAACGGGUUGAGAUGAUCCGUCAGCACCUGUGCCAGUACACGCAGCUACGGCAUGAAACUGACAUGUUCAACCAAGGGACGGUAGAACCAGUGGAUCAGCUGCUCCAGAAAGUGGACCCGGGCAAAGACAGAGAACUGUGGGUGAAGGAGCACAAGACGGGAGACAUCAGGCCAGUGGAUAUGGAGAUAUAGACUUUUACUCCUGCAGAUAUUUGUACAGCAGAGACCUGGACAUUGUACAUUCCUGUACCCAACACAAGAGUAUCGGACCCCCCAAGUGAUUGGGCUUCAUGGGGCACCACCUCAAGCACCCCCAACCUUGGUACCAUCUUUGGGUACCAGGGAGAUCUGAGGAUGGGUUUGGAUAAUAUAACAUCUUCCACUGACAACUCUAAUGGAUCUACAUUGUUCACUUACAUUUAAUUUCUGCCACAAUUUCUCCUUUUUGUAGCUCCCAUAGCAGGAUGGCUCCACUGCCUCUAACCCCAGGAAACACAGUCCCUGGAGCCACAUUCUCGUUCCAACACAGGCAGCGAUGGUAUCAGUAAGGGCUUGUGCCAAGGGACAGCCAAUAGGGGACACUGUAGAGAAAAAAUAAAGGGAGAAAAUACAUUUAUUCUGUAAUGUCCCUUAUGUAAAUGAUCCUUCCUUGUAAAAAGGAUAUCAAAGAAUUCUUAGAAGGAGAAAUGUGCAAUAAUGGGUGCAGUCUUGUAAUGGACUGAUGGGCACCUAUCGAUUGAAAUGUAUAGUCAAGUUCCUUGUGCUGCAUGCCUUUUAUUUCUAGUUACUGGAUAUAUAGGCGUUAGCCCAACUAGCAACCAAUCAUAACAAGACAAGUUUUGUCGAGCAUUUCCCAGCAUUCCUCUAACUUUGAUAUUAGAGCACAAACAAGUUUAUAUUUUGCAAUAAAAUUAUAAUGGCUUACAGUAUGACCCUAAUAAUAUGUAGGGAUUUAUUGCAGUUCCCCCUCUUGGCUCCCAGAUUACACAGCCAGAGUGGUGAUUGGGGCCCCUCACUGCUUUUCAACCUCUGAUCCACCAGAACAUCCACAGUGAGACGAAAAGGACCAAAUAAUGUGGUGGAGAGAGAGGGAUAAUUCCAUGUGUGGGAGUAUAACAGUCUGUGUAUCAUAGAAUUUUUCUAAGGACUUGUACAUAGGGAACGACUCUUCUCCGAGCUUCUCACCAGCCACCGGAAUUCCAUUGAACGGGACUAUUCUACCCCUAAUGGGGAGUCUCUCUGUUGUUGUACUAAGCGCAUGUCCAGCCAACCGUUGUCUACAAUGAACUGUCACAGCCAUCAUGAACCUGCUUCCCUGUUUGUCCCUAUGGCUAUUUGACUGAUCCCUCUGCUGAACAUUUUCCUAAUGCGAGAUGCAGACUGCAACGGCUUUAAGACCUCAAAAGCAAUAAAAAUAAUCAAACAUCUUAAUGGAAAAGAGCUUGCAAUCACUUGCUUGCUUUCAUCUGGGGGCAUUUAAAGGCUACAAGGGUGCCCUUAAAAUAAAAGGGUUUCGUAGCUCCUAAGGCUUUGUAUGUUGGGGAGGGGGCAGUCAACUUGAACCCAAACUACCUGGCCCAUUCAAUUGGAUAUAAGGAUUCCCAAUCACUUAUUCUGUAUCCUGUAAUUCUUUGGGGGAUACAUAAGCUAAACCCCAACUUUGUUCUCUAAAUGCAGAGAACAGAGUAGUAAAAAUCAUAAGGGAAUACACAAGAUAUACCCAUGUAUAUAUAUAUAUAUCUAUGUGUGUGUGUAUGCGUGCGUUGUCAUACUGUCCUUUUAUGUCUCAAAGGCUUGCACAGAAUCCCCCACCCCUGGGUGAAUGCUCCCCUCCCCAAAUUCUCCUUUGUAUAUUGUAAAGGCAAAGAAUAAAGAAAAAAAUGCAGAGUA